UGAAGUCCAUCAAUUUUCAUCUUUUUCAUACUUCAAAGCCCUACUAUUUGUCUGCUCCUACUUGAUAUUCUUCUUCCUUUUCUUUUUUCUCUCUUUCUUCCCCUUUCAGCUAUUGAGAUCGCGUUUCACUCAGUUCUGGAAAAAAGAUGGGGAUUAUUGAGAGGAUUAAAGAAAUCGAAGCCGAGAUGGCUCGAACCCAGAAAAAUAAGGCCACAGAAUACCAUCUCGGUCAGCUCAAAGCAAAGAUUGCUAAGCUAAGGACACAAUUACUCGAGCCACCGAAAGGUUCUAGUGGAGGUGGAGACGGUUUUGAAGUUACAAAAUUUGGUCAUGGACGUGUUGCACUAAUAGGAUUUCCGAGUGUGGGGAAAUCUACCCUUUUGACUAUGUUAACUGGAACUCAUUCAGAAGCUGCAUCUUAUGAGUUUACAACACUUACAUGCAUUCCUGGUAUCAUACAUUACAAUGAUACUAAGAUUCAACUGCUCGAUCUUCCUGGAAUUAUUGAAGGUGCUUCUGAAGGCAAGGGACGUGGGAGGCAGGUUAUUGCUGUUGCCAAGUCAUCGGAUCUUGUGCUUAUGGUUCUGGAUGCCUCUAAAAGUGAGGGUCAUCGCCAAAUAUUAACAAAGGAGCUGGAGGCUGUGGGAUUGCGUUUAAACAAGAGACCGCCUCAAAUAUAUUUCAAAAAAAAGAAAACUGGAGGCAUCUCUUUCAACAGUACAUUACCUUUAACUCAUGUGGAUGAAAAACUCUGUUAUCAAAUCCUACAUGAAUACAAAAUUCACAAUGCAGAGGUUCUAUUUCGUGAGGAUGCGACAGUGGAUGAUCUUAUAGAUGUCAUUGAAGGAAACCGCAAAUACAUCAAAUGUGUAUAUGUUUACAACAAGAUAGAUGUCAUUGGUAUUGAUGAUGUGGAUAAGUUAGCCCGGCAGCCUAAUUCCGUUGUAAUCAGCUGCAACCUGAAGCUGAACUUAGAUAGACUACUUUCAAAGAUGUGGGAAGAGAUGGGCCUUGUGAGAGUAUAUACAAAGCCACAAGGCCAGCAACCUGAUUUCAGUGAUCCUGUGGUUCUAUCUGCUGAUAGAGGUGGCUGUUCGGUGGAAGAUUUCUGCAAUCACAUUCAUAGGAGUUUGAUAAAGGAUGUGAAAUAUGUGCUGGUCUGGGGCUCAAGUGCAAGGCAUUAUCCUCAACACUGUGGGCUUGGCCAUUCCUUGCAGGAUGAAGAUGUUGUUCAGAUUGUUAAGAAAAAGGAAAAAGAGGAAGGAGGGAGAGGCCGCUUCAAAUCACAUACGACAGGUCCUGCACGAAUAUCCGAUAGAGAGAAAAAGGCUCCAUUGAAGACGUAACCAAGACAAAAGAUGUCGGCAGGAAGUAAGAGUUGCCCUUUUUUGUUGUAUAAGUAAUAUUAUCAACUAGUAUUGUCUGGCUGAUUUAUUCUGUUUCCCAUUUCUUCCAGCUCCCCUCAUUUUUCACUUCUUAAUUAUAUUGCCAUUAAGUAGCUGUAUUUUAGUACGUACUUGGAUGCAAAUUUUGGUCAUUUACACUAUAAACCAGUAUUCUGAAAGAAAAAACAUGGGCAGUCUUCAAAGACAAGAAGGCCUAGAUUGUAUACCAA